AUGGUCGGCUUCCUGGAUCUACCGAGCGAACUAAUUUUCAUUAUCAUCGACCUCGUGCUCUCGUCCCCUGCCAUUUUACCGAAGAACGGCACGCGUCAUCGGCCCAGCUACCCAACACAAUCACGCAACUUGUACUGUGUACCGAGCCUGAACUAUUUGAAAGAUUCAGGGGUUCUGAGCCUUCUACUAACUAGUCACCGAAUGUAUCGCGAGACCAAAGAAUUUCUUUCAAAAGCACCACGGAACUUCGAGGUCGAUAUUGCGGUCAUUGAUGACCACUGGUUCUGGCCGACAAGGCGCGUUGUUCCCUUGCGCAAGCUUGAAGGAACCAUCGAGAGAUUAGACAUCAACAUUAUCCCGUGCUGUACCGCAGAAGAACGGCAUUUGCAGACGAACUGGGAUCAGGGUCCAGUGGACUUGUCUACUUUCCACUCACUUCUCUCGGCGGGACUGAUGUCCCCACUGACUCGCUUCUUAGUCGAAAAUGAUGCGGAAAGCCCUACAUCACAAGGUUCCCAGGGCUUGGAAACAUGGAUCGACCCACCGUUGGAUGAACACUUCGAUAAUGGCCGGAACCCACCUGUUAAUCGAAUUGAUACUAUGACUAUUAACUUCGAUUCGGGGAGGUAUGGAAACGGCAAUGGAGCCAUUGGGCUUACAGACAUACCGUUCCGUAAGACUAAAGGCCUAGCGCAUCUCAACUUUGAGCAGCUGUACCCAGUCGACUUCGCAAAAUCAGCAACCUACCUUCGCGAAGUGAGCAGAUACAUUGAUGAGUGGACACUGGUCAAUUAUGGCACAAGGAGAUCAGCGAGAAAGAUCAGGAAGAUACAAUUCUACCUCGAUGGAAAGAUGUCGAGAGAACUGAAUACAGAGGUAUGA